CCCGCGCGCUUCCGGUUCCGGGUGGUGCGGGAAGGCCGGGAUCGGGAAGAUGGCGGCGUCAGGAGCGUCCGGGUGGGGCGGUCCGGGGCGGGCGUGGGUCCCUUGGCGUUGGGCUCUGGGUCUGUGCUCGCUGCUGGCCCUGGGGCCGCGGCCCGCCGCUGCCACCACCCACUGGGUGGUCACGGAGGACGGGAAGAUCCAGCAGCAGGUGGAUUCACCGAUGAACUUGAGGAACCCACAUGAUUUGGUAAUACUAAUGAGACAAGAAACAACAGUUAACUACCUCAAAGAACUGGAGAAACAGUUAGUUGCUCAAAAGAUUCAUAUAGAGGAAAAUGAGGACAGAGACACAGGGUUGGAACAAAGGCAUAAUAAAGAAGAUCCGGACUGCAUUAAAGCAAAGGUGCCUUUGGGGGACCUGGAUCUAUAUGAUGGAACAUACAUCACCUUAGAGAGCAAAGAUAUCCGCCCUGAAGACUAUAUAGACACAAAGUCUCCUGUGCCUCCAGACCUGCAGCAGCCAGACUGUACAAAAGUUCUAGAUCUUCCAUACAGCAUUCAUGCUUUUCAGCAUUUACGGGGUGUUCAAGAGAGAGUUAAUCUUUCCGCACCCUUGUUACCUAAAGAAGAUCCAAUCUUCACAUACUUAUCCCGGAGGCUGGGAAGAAGUAUAGAGGAAAUAGGUCAUCGUAUUUAUGACGGGCUAAUGAAGAACUCUUCUUCCUGGGUACUCUAUAAUAUGGCUUCUUUUUACUGGCGAAUAAAGAAUGAACCAUAUCAAGUAGUAGAAUGUGCCAUGCGUGCCCUUCAUUUCUCUUCAAGGCAGAAUAAAGAUAUUGCAUUGGUAAAUUUGGCAAAUAUUCUGCACCGGGCCCACUUCUCUGCAGAUGCUGCUAUUGUGGUCCAUGCAGCUCUGGAAUACAGCGACUUCUUUACCAGCUAUUACACUUUGGGAAAUAUAUAUGCGAUGCUUGGGGAAUACAACCACUCAGUCCUGUGUUACGAUCAUGCUUUACAGGCCAAACCAGGGUUUGAGCAAGCUGUAAAAAGGAAGCAUGCUGUACUAUGUCAGCAAAAGCUUGAGCAAAAACUGGAGGCUCAGCAUAGAUCACUUCAGCGAACAUUAAAUGAACUGAAGGAAUAUCAGAAGCAGCAUGACCAUUACCUUAGACAGCAAGAUGUCUUAGACAAGUAUAAGCUCAUCCAGGAGGAACAAAUCUUGAGGAACAUCAUUCAUGAGACACAAAUGGCAAAAGAAGCUCAAUUAGGGAACCAUCAAAUUUGUCGACUGGGCAACCAGCAACAUAGCUUGCACUGCCAGUGGGACCAGCCUGUUCGAUAUCACCGUGGGGACAUUUUUGAAAAUGUGGAAUAUGUUCAGUUUGGUGAAGACUCUUCAACUUCUAGUAUGACAUCUGUGAAUUUGGAUCUUCACGCAAACCAAAGUGACCACAGCCGAUCCUUGCAGUCUUCCCCUGUCGCUCGUUCUAUUGUUUCAGUUUGGAGUGUAGAAUCCAAUAGAGAUAAACAGCAUAUUCUCUGGCCUAAGAGAUUAGAGUGCAUGAAAUCUUUCCCCAAAAUUCCUGAUCCAGAAGAACUACCAACUUAUUUCCUGCCUCCAGAAAAUAGGGGAUUCAGGGUCCACUCAAUCCUGAGUGUCCCAGGAGAAGCUGUUGCUCAUGGAGAAACCCAGCCACCAGACUGUUCCUCCAUUACUGAUGCUCGUAACAAUGAAUCUCUAUACCUACUGGUGAAAGAACUUGACAGUAAUCUAGAUUUGAAAUUUAAGAUGCCCGAUGAUCAAGCAAGACAAAUCUUGCAUUCUCGUAUCAACAAUCAAACUAUUACACAAGAGAAGAUAGGAGCGUUUCUCAAUCACGCCAUCAGAAAGCCAGAAGAUCCACUAUGGCUUGUGCUUAAUGAAGCUGGAUUGUACUGGCGUGCAGUUGGAAAUAGCACCUUUGCUAUCGCCUGUUUGAAAAAAGCAUUUAAUUUGGCUCCACAUGAAUAUCAGGAUAUCCCUCUAGUCAAUCUUGCUAACCUCUUGAUUCAUUACGGUCUUCAUUUGGAUGCCAGCAGGCUCCUGCUAAAGGCUUUAGCCAUCAAUACCUCUGAGCCUCUGACUUUUUUGAGCCUAGGAAAUGCAUACCUGGCUCUGAACAACAUUAGUGGAGCCCUGCAGGCCUUCAGACGUGCGCUGGAUUUGACUACGAAGUGUCUGGAGUGUGAAAGCAGCCUGAAGUUGAUCCGUUGUUUGCAGUUUUACCCUUUUCUGUACAACAUCACCUCUUCUGUAUGCAGUGGCCACUGUCAUGAGAAAAAUCCAGAUGGCAGUCACGACAAGGAGAAGUACUUUGAUGACCCCCAUGAAUCAGUCACAGCAGUGGCAGGAGGACACCCUGAAGGAGGUACAGAAGAAGAUCCAGAGUCCCUUACUCACAGUUCAGUGAGGGAUCCUUCCUUCUCAAGGCUGGAAAACACAGUUGUCGCAGAAAGCAAUGGCUCAGAAGGAGUGGAGGGUUUAGAAGAUGAUCAGAUGUCUGAAGAGAUGUUGGCUUUGGUGGAUGAAUUUGAAAACUCUUGGCCUCAGGAAGCUUUUGAGGGGGCACUGGAGGUAAAAGGUCGUCGGAUGGACUUGCAGGGAAUCCGGGUCCUAAAGAAGGGAUCUCCAGAAGGAUUGGCUAGCUCCUGUUUUGGAGACUGCGGUGAUGAUGAUGAUGAAGCUGAAUGGAUCACUUUCCAGGUCAAACGUUUAAAGAAACCAAAAGCUGAAAGCUUGGAUCUCCAGGAACCAGUUGGGAGAAAUGGAGAAGGGACUAAUGAAGAAAAUGAAAACUUUUACCAAACUGCCCUGGAGAUCAGUGGACCAAAGAUACCUUCUCCUGGACCAAUAGGAAAAAGGCAUGAUUAUCGCAGCCUUGGCUGGCCUAGUCCUGAUGAAUGUCUGAAACUCCGUAGGGUAGAGCUUACAACUGUAGCCAGCACAUGGCUCGCUGUUUCUGCUAAAAAUAUUGACAUUACAGAACACAUUGAUUUUGCCACUCAGCUGCAAGAACCAGCUAUGGAGCCCCUUUGUAACCCCAAUCUACCAGCCAGUAUGCACACUUUGGACCACCUGCAAGGUGUCUCUAGUCGGGGUAGCUUGCAUUACACUGGAGAAAGUCAACUGAAAGAGGUGCUACAGAACCUUGGCAAAGACCAGUACUCACCACAGUCAUUAGAACAAGUUAGUACUCGAAUAGCCAAAGCUUUGGAAAAGAAUCAGACUUCAUGGGUCCUCUCUAGCAUGGCAGCUCUUUACUGGAGGGUGAAAGGCCAAGGCAAGAAGGCAAUUGACUGCUUACGGCAAGCAUUGCACUACGCACCCCAUCACAUGAAGGAUGUACCACUAAUUAGCCUCGCAAACAUCUUCCAUAAUGCAAAACUUUGGAAUGAUGCCAUCAUCGUGGCUACCAUGGCAGUGGAAAUAGCCCCGCACUUCGUGGUUAAUCAUUUCACACUGGCAAAUGUCUAUGUAGCAAUGGAGGAGUUUGAAAAGGCCAUGAAAUGGUAUGAGUCAACAUUAAAACUUCAGCCGGAGUUUGCCCCAGCAAAGAAUCGAAUCCGCACCAUUCAGUGUCAUUUACUUAUGAAAAAAGAGCGACGGUCUCCUUAGAGAUCAGCAUCUUUCUCUUUUUUUAAAAAAAGUCAUUAUUUGCUAUUCUGCUUUUAAGUGUGCUAAGAUAAAUUGAUGAAUCAAUUUUUAACAAGACUCUUAAAAAGAGAUGGGAUUUGGAUCAAGGGUUCUUUUAUUUUUCUCAGAUAUAGGAGCAUCUUGGGAAAUACAUUUCACAGACCAUAAUUUUAAAACAUCUCUGUAAAUAUUAAACCAAGAAACUUCCAUGAGUCCAUGACCACCUGUACCAUGUCCCAGGCACCUCUAAGUUUUCCUUAAUGCUCAGAUUGGCAUCAGCAUCCAAAAUAACUUGCUUCAUGUUUUAUAAUCUAAGUCAAUGGAAAUGCAAAGCACACAACCAUAGAUAGCAAGAAGAUAUAAUCAGCAAUUCCUCCAUGAGAAACUCAUGCUUUGUCCAUUAUUGUUCAGUCCAUACAUAUUACCUGCUCCAAGUUAGUUUUUUGGAAGGAGGGAGACAAGAUUUCAAAUGUUUAUAAUAAUGUAUUUUAGGAACAUCACACAUCUUUGGAAUUGCUUAUUUUUGUUGGGGGAUCAGCAGGAAACGAGGAAGAGGAAGAGCAGGACACUAAAGUCAAAGCAAAAAUCCCAAUAAGCUAUUUUAUAUUUGUCUGUAUAUUCAUAGCCCUCUGCCUCCCUGAGUCGUUGUUUUACUAAUUCUUUCUUCACUGUAUUUCUAGCCAUUUCAGAAUAAGGUGCAAGUUUUAUGCUCACUCUGAGCCAUAAAGACUUUCAGCUGCUGAGGGGGAGGAGGAGGGAGGUGGUGUCAAGGUAUCAUCAGCAAAUGAGUUAAGUGGAAUAUUUCCAAAUCAGUUCUCUUUGGCUGGUGGAGGACAUGAUUCUCCAGACAUCAUUGUUGAAUCAACAAGGGCACAUAUUGGAAACAAAAUAAAUUGUUUAUGAACAAAA